UCCUCUUUUCCUUCCUUACCUCCUUCUUUCCUUCCUUACCCCUCCUUUCCUUCCUUACCCUCUCCUUUCCUUCCUUACCUCCUCUUUUCCUUCCUUACCCCCUCCUUUCCUUCCUUACCUCCUUCUCGGUGGAUCUUUGCACUGCAGAGCUUCGGCCACCAGAGGACGCUGCUCCACCACAACACUGGACGAUGUGUUGUUAUUGGAUGACACAAAGCACUCUAGUCAUGAUGUCAUACUGCUGUUGCUCAAUGGAUUACCAUGCUGUACUUGAAUGACAUCACUAGUGGGCCGUCCACCAGCAAGUUCACCAAACCAGAGAUUCCUUCAAAAUAAAGGACUUGAUUGGCUUUAUGAUUGGCUGCAUUCAUUACAUGCAGGUGACACCGGAUGUAGGUGUGUGUGUGUCCGCAGCAGCUUCACCGGUGGACGCGCAGCGAGGACCGGGUUCGCUUCAUUUGAAAAGCUGCUCCAGUGAGUCCGCACCGAGUCCCACGCGCACCUUCAGCCGCAGUCGGGUUGCGGUCAAACGGCCAUGGCGUCCAUCGUUUGCCGGGUCCAGUACCUGGAGGACUUGGAUCCGUUUAUCUGCACAAACUUUCCCGAACCUCGGAGACCUCCGACGGUGAGCGUGGAGGAGAACCUGCCGCUCAGUGAGCAGAUCGCCGGGAUACACAAGCUGCUGGAGGCGCCUCUCAAGCUGGAGGAGUGCACCCUUCAGUUGUCUCCUCAUGGGAACUACCUGGACCUGGACUCGUCUCUGGCCGAGCAGAGGGACGAGCUGGAGGGCUUCUAUGAAGACGUGACAAAAGGGAAGAAGCCCCUCCUGAUCCUGAGGACUCAGCUCUCGGUCCGAGUGCACUCCGUCCUGGGUAAUUACCUCCUCCCUGUCCUCUUACUCUUUCUUUCCACGGCUCCCUCCGUCCUCUCCUGCAGCAGAGGAGUGAUGACUCAGGGGAAACUCGCGGUCAGGAGAAGCUUCACCACAGUGACGUGUUCCUCAGUCAGCUGAGAGGAUUUCCUCUCU